UAUAUGUAAUUGUAGAAAAUCUGGAGGGGGACAAAGUGCAAUUUUAAUGUUUUUAUAAAUUCCAAUGCAACCUGAACCGGUGAAUCCCGAUCUACCCAUCUUUUUGAAGUCGAUUAGUCGAACGGUUGUCGGCCCGUCCUCGUCCAGGAGGAAAGAAGAGAAAAUUUCUCCCCUUAAUCGAAUUGAUUUCUGGUUCGGUGAUGGCGGGAGCAUCAAGUUCAUGGACUCGGGCAUUGAUGCAGAUCUCACCUUACACCUUCGCGGCCGUUGGAAUUGCGAUUGCCAUCGGUGUCUCCGUACUGGGUGCUGCUUGGGGAAUUUAUAUUACGGGGAGUAGUUUGAUUGGUGCUGCAAUUAAAGCUCCGCGUAUUACUUCGAAGAAUCUUAUUAGUGUAAUCUUCUGUGAGGCUGUUGCAAUAUAUGGAGUUAUUGUGGCAAUCAUCUUACAAACAAAGCUAGAGAGUGUGCCAGCAUCCUUGAUGUAUGCACCAGACUCGCUUCGGGCUGGAUAUGCAAUAUUUGCCUCGGGUAUCAUUGUUGGUUUUGCAAACCUAGUCUGUGGGAUCUGUGUAGGAAUAAUUGGUAGUAGCUGUGCAUUGUCUGAUGCCCAAAACUCAUCACUUUUUGUGAAGAUUCUGGUGAUUGAGAUCUUUGGUAGUGCACUUGGAUUGUUUGGAGUGAUUGUGGGAAUAAUCAUGUCAGGUCAAAUUACAUGGCCAAUAAAGGCAGCAUAAAUGCCCUUCAAUUGUGUUGCAGAGAUGAUACUUAGAGAACACGAUUGUUUGAUGGUAUAUUUUAAUCUCAGAAGAAUUUGCUCUACUGUGUGCUUGUGCUUGUUCUUGUUCUGUCUACUAGGGGGGGCUUAGAACUGGGGAGUAGAGUUUCUUCUCUUGUAUCUGUUGUGACAGUCCUGUUAAUAAACAUUUUUCAAUUCUGGAUUCUCAAGACGUUGUGUCCAGUUCAAGUACCCAACUAUGCUUGACAUCCUUAUUGAGGGCACCCAUUGCCAUCAUAAUGUACUAAUAUUGCUCUUGAAUCUGUUUUAUGCAAUGAUAUGAAAGGUUGGAUCCCUGGUGGAAUGGAAAA